AUGCGCGCCAGCGCCGUGGAGCGCGAGGCACCGUGCGUGUGGGCCAAGCCUCGCGGACCCAGCGCUCCGCCGUCGGCUCGUCCAAGCACGCGACUUGGCGCGCAGAAGGCCGACACGCAAGAUGGCCUCGCCAGCGCACGCGGGGAUCGCCGCCUCGAUCCGCUGCCGCAGGAUGCGUGCGAGGCGCGGCCCGCGCCCAUUCGUCGAGACCAUCACCUGCAGGGGCCCACGGCGAAUCAUGGACCCAAAGUAAAAGUCGCACUCGUCCGGCACGUCCGCCACAUUCACAGGGAUGCGACGCGCGCGGCUCCAUUCGCACACCUCACGGCUGCGCGCGGCGUCGUCAAUGGCGGUAAGGAUCAUAUCGUAGUCUUGCCCCGCAGCACGCACGAGCUGCGUCGGAUCGCGGUACACGUCGUCGACGUAGGCAUGGAUCGUGCCGUCGUCGACCCACGCACGCACAUCAGGGUGCAGCCCGUCGGCAGGCGCGAGGACGGUGAUGUGUGCGCCCGCCGCGGCAAGAUGCACAACGCGGCUGGCCGCGACCUCGCCGCCGCCAACGAGCAGGACACACCGGUCGCGCAGCUGCCACACGAUGGGCAGCCCACCGCGCCCCUCCGGCACAGGCGCACCGCCGCCACAUGGGAGCAGGUCGUGGAUGCCGUCCUGCCGCCCCUGCGCCUCGUGGGCGCGCUGCCUGCAGCCUAUGAGGCGUCGACGCGCGACGCGCCCGGACCUUGCGGCACGGUGCCGGCGUGGUGGGGCGCGUGCCAGCACAGCCUGCUGACGACGCUGUGCGUGACGUGGGCCGGCGCGCUCCAGCAGCACGACCUGUACGACGCGGUGCUGCGUGGGUGGCUCGUGCCGGACGGUGAGACGCUGGCCGUCGCGCAGGUAUGGACGCACACGCUCGCUACGUGCGCGGCACUGCUCACGACGCGCGCCGAGUGCCACCCCGCCACGCUCGAGGCGCUUACGUGGGUCCUCGAGCGCCUGGACGCCACACGCAUGCUUGGCCAUGCCCUCGAGGCGUGCGGCGCCGAGCCGCACGCGGCGCGGCGCGACCUGCGCUGGGCCGAGGCGGCCGCGCAGAUGAGCGCCCUGCCGACACGCGUCGCGAACGUGUAUGGCCCGCGGCCGUCGGCCGGCGCGAUGCUCGAUGCCUAUGCGGCAUGGCCCGCAUCACUGGCACAGGCGAUGGCCCAGCGCAUGAGCACGGACGCGGCCGGGCGCCUGGCCGUGCUGCUUGCGCGGCUCGCGCGCGCAGGCCACGUCACGCCUGCCUUUUGGCAGGCAGCUGCGCCCCACGUCCACGACGAGGCGGCGUGGGCGCUCGUGUGGGAGGCGUGUGAGGAGCGCGUGCGCGAGACGGUGCUGCAGGCGCUCCUUGCCCUAUGGCAGGCGCGCAUCGAGCGCACGCCAUUCGCGCGCCCGGUCGCCAAGGACGAGCGCGCGCCGGGCACGGAGGGCCGCGCGUUUCUCACGCGCGAGGCGAUGCAGUAUGCGUACAGCGCGUACCGCAUGCUGGCCAUCGUGGCCGGCGCAGCCGAGGCGCCGCGCUGGUCGUGGGCGCGGCUGAGUGGCGCGCAGGCUGCCACGCACGGGCCACUGCUGUGCAUCGCGCUAGCCGCCUGGGCCAUGGACCGGGAUCCCAUCGAGUCGCUCGCGGCGCUCCUGCGUGCAUGGAGCGAUCCGCGGCGCAUCGCGCGCGCGUCGCUGACGCAGGCCGAGGACGUCACGACGCUCGUGCUCGUGGCACUCAAGUGUGUGGUGCCCGCGCCCGAGGCGAUUCGGGCGCAUGCGACGUCGGCGUCCGUGCUGCGUGGUGUGUCUGCGCACAUGGAGCACAGCGAUCCGGCCGUCCGGCGACUCGGCAUGCUCGUUGCCGAGGUGCUGAGUGCUUCGAGCGGCGUCGAGCGCCCGCUCCGCUUCCCGGAGGCCGUCUGGGACGGGCGCGGCGACGGGCGCGAGACGUGCCGCGUGCUGCGUGCGCUGUUCGACCGCGCCGGACCGCUCUGGCCGUCGACGGAGCCCGUCGCAUGGCCCGCCGAGCCGGCCGCCCCGCCGCGCCCUGCGAGCGACCGCGCCCCUCGGCCGUCCGCGCCUGUGACCGUGUCGCUGCCGCGGCGCGUGCCUGCGCGGCGCCCGCUCGUUGAGGAUGUGUCGGACCGCGCGGCGGCUCCUGUGCCGAGCAUGUCCCCGGGCGCGUCGGACGAGAGCAGCGAGGGCGAGCACGACGACGGGGACACCUCUGUGCUGCUCGACGCGGCGCUACGGAAGAAGCCACGGGUGCCUGUGUAUAUCUACGAGCUGGUGCCGCUCCUGCGUGAGCGCGCAUACCGAGCGAACAAGCUCGCACUCAAGCAUGCCGAGCCGCUGAUCCGGCGCAAGACGGGGUGGGGCGCCGAGAUCGCCGAGCAUGCCGUCGAUGUGGCGAUCGCACUUGCGUCCUUGCAGGACAAUUACGGGAUCCGAGCGCUGGACGAGCGGCGCACGCGCGCGCUGUGCGCCCUGUGUGUGGCAGCGCCGGGCGUGGUGGUGGACUGCCUGUGCGAGCAGGUGUUUUCGCCGCACUAUGCGCUCGCGCAGCGGCUGUCCAUGUUGCGUGCGAUCGCGGAUGCCGCGCAGGAGAUGGCCGGCCUCACGCCGCUCGAGCCGGCCGUGGCGUCCCUGGGGCUGACCGAGGCGGCUACCGCGCGCGCGCGCGCGGGUGGCGAGGAGCGGCUCGCGCAGCAUGGCGUGGAUGUGGCGCGGCGGCAGGCGGCGCGUCUGGGGUCCGCGCCUGCGCCCGCCUGGAGUGUCAAGCCGGCGGUGCCGUUCACGGCGGCUGCGAGCGCCUUUGUCUUUCCCCUGCUGCGCCGGUGUGAGGCUGCGCAGCAGCAGGUGUCGCGUACGUAUGCGGGCAGCGACGCCAUGACGUCGCCGCCGGUCGUCGCGGCCGUGCUGCAUACGCUGUGUGUGCUGUGCCAAGCGGGCCGGCACGCGCCGUUCUUUGCGACGCGCAUUGUGCCUGAUGUGCUGUCGUUUGCCGAGCGGCAGAGUGGGCAUCCCGAUGCGACGGUGGCGGGGGCGGCGCUGGCGCUCGUGCUCGUGGUCCUGGACGCUGCGAGCGAUGCCGAGCGCCUGGUCGCGCAGGCGCAGGCGCCGCUGCUGGUACGUGUACAGAGCGUGGCAGAGGGCUACGUGGCGACGCGACCUGGCGGCGCCCUGGAGCGCAGUGCUGCAGCGGUGGUGCUGCGGAUCAGCGAGAUGCAGGCGCAGGUACGUCAAGCCCUUCUUGGUCUAUAG